AUGCAAAAGGUUAUCACAUCUUUGGACGCACCCCUGAACGUGUGGUUUUUGGAUGGCGGGACGAUUGGAGGUGACCCACAGAGUGUGGACGACGUUAACAAGCUUCUGUCGGCUUUGAAAGGAAUCGGCUUGGACUUAAACCCGGGCCUCACUCCUAACUAUGAAACCCCGUACUACGAAGCCACGUUUAUAAUAACCAGUGUUGCUGCCGCGUUUUCUGCCAUCAACCAAACUGGCUACAUAGUCCUCUUCGUUACGUUGGUCGCCCACGAACUGGGACAUUUCUACGUCAUCACCGAGACUUUCAACGAAAUCUACAAACUUUCAAGUGUUAACGGAGAAAAAAGCAUUGAUUCGAGAAAAGAGAUAGAUGAAAAGCUGACGUUCUGCAUCAAACACCAUCAAUUCCUUAUUAAAUAUCACGGUAAAAUUAGUGAGCUUUAUCAAGCUAUAUUUGGAGCUCAAUUUGUCAUGAUGAUAAUCGUAUUAGUAACAACGCUACAGACGAUGUAUUAUGUGAAUUUUAGUAACACGAUUCUAGCAGGCGUGACCGGUAUUAUGCCUCUGACUAUUUACUGUUUUGGCGGGGAAUUGAUGAUUUCGGCGGCUGAAAAUAUGUCGGAGGCUAUUUACUCUUGUGGUUGGGAGAUGAUGGAGCCAAGACAAGCUAGGGCCGUAGGCUUAAUUCUGUGCAUCUCUCAACGACCCCUGCACCUUACUGCAGCCGGGUUUACGACUAUGAAUCGAGACACCUUUGCAAACGUAGUGCAAGCCGUUUACAAGAUUUACGCCGUUUUUAAUUAAAAACUAGCAAAGAAAGUUUAGCAAACACAUUUUCUUUUGAGAGUGCUUCUUAUUUAAGUUAUUCCCCUUAUUAAUAUUUUAUAAUUUUACAUUUUCUCCUAGAAAUAAGCUUCAGCUGUUUGCUUUGAUUGCAAACGCAGUUUUCGAAUAAAUCUUUCUUGCCAACAGAUUUGUAAUAAAAGCAAACUAAGGCAAAUUACUUUUACAAAUUAUUGUUGACGUUGGCAAAGGAUUUUCGUCGCGCUUAGC